UUUUUUUAAUUAAUUUUUCUCGUCUCCUCUACAGGAAAUCAUCAGUCAUCGCCAACCAGUUCAUUAAAUUGUCGAUCCGCACGCGGAGAGGAGACGAGGCUGAAGGAUUUCUCAUGCGUUCGAUCUCAACAGCCGCCGCUGGCACGUGGUAUUCCACAACGACGACGAUCGAGAAUUGCUGAAGAAAAGGAAAAGGAAAAGGAAAAUCAAUCCAAUUGGGGUCAGCUUGGAUGAAUAAUAGCGGCGGCGGCGGCGGCGGCGGAAUCGCGUAUUGGAUGGCGGAGCACCCGGCCAUCAUCGGCUUCCGGUGGAGCCACGCCCAGUCUUGGGGCUCCACCUGGCCCUUCCUGGUCUCCUUCCUCGCCUCCUACGCCCUCUUCGCCGUCGCCCUCCACCUCCUGCUCCGCCUCCUCCGCCUCAAGCCUCUUCCCCUAGGCCCCCUCCCUGCACUCCACUCCCUCGCCAUGGCCCUCGCCUCCGCCGCCAUCUUCCUCGGCCUCCUCCUCUCCUCCGCCGCCGAGAUCCGCGACACCCGCUGGUACUGGCGCGGCCGCGCCCGCACCACCCCGCUGCAGUGGCUCCUCUGCUUCCCCCUUGGCACCCGCCCCUCUGGCCGCGUCUUCUUCUGGUCCUACGCCUUCUACCUCUCCCGCUUCCUCCACCUCCUCCGCACCUUCAUCAACAUCCUCCGCCGCCGCCGCUGCGCCCUCGCCGCCGUAUUCCGCCACUCCGCCUUCGUCUGCAUGUCCUUCCUCUGGCUCGAAUUCUCCCAGUCCUUCCAGGUCGUCGCCAUUCUCUCCGCCACGCUCGCCCAGACCAUCGUCUUCGGCUACCGCUUCUGGGUCGGGGUCGGCCUCCCGGCGGCCUCCCGUAGCGGGGCCCUUCUCGUGCUCGCCUGCCAGGUGGCGCUCACCGGCUCCAACCUCGUCUGCCACUUGAGCUUCCUCCUCCUCCACUUCGCCAAGGGCGGAUGUAACGGCAUCGGCGCCUGGGUUUUCAACUCCGUCCUCAACGCCGCGCUGCUCUUCCUCUUCGUCGACUUCUACGUCAAGGAGGAAGUCAGGAGGAAGACAGGCGAGAUCUUGGAAGACGACACCGGGAGCGACCAGCAUCACCAUUCCGGUACCCAUCGCCUUCACCAUAGUAAACGACCCUCCUUCGAAGCUAAAAACAACAAUAAAUUCCUUCGGAAAUCAGGAACCGGGAAAACUAAAUUCGUCUUCUAUCGCCAUAAAUUCGCUCCUCUGUACAGCUACUGAAAAAGGAACUUUUUUUCUUCUCAUUUUACCUUGAAAAGAUAAAAAUUUUGCAAUAAAUGUAAUUAAACAAUUGCAGCUUAAAGAUUACGAAUCCAUAAAUCUGUCCUGAUUCCUUCUGGAUCAAAGAAAGGACAGUUGAUGUAAAUCUACUCAACGUAAUAACAAAGUCCUUCUAUGUUUAUCUU